AUGCUUACCAACCUCAUCCUCGCUCUCGGAGCUCUGGCUUCCACCGCCGCUGCCAAUCCUCUUCCCGCCAAGUUUGAGGUCAUUGAGUCCCGUGCCACCGCUUGCACCUUCACCAACACCGCUGAUCUUGCCAAGAGCAAGAAGACUUGUGACUCGAUUACUCUCAACAACAUUGCUGUCCCGGCUGGCACCACCCUCGACCUUUCCAGCCUCAAGAGCGGCGCCCACGUCGUCUUCCAGGGCAAGACUACCUUCGGUUACAAGGAGUGGGAAGGACCUCUUAUCCAGAUCUCUGGCGAGAAGAUCACCGUCGAGGGCGCUUCCGGCCAUAUCAUUGACGCCGAUGGCGCCCGCUGGUGGGAUGGCCAGGGUGGCAAUGGCGGCAAGACCAAGCCUAAGCUGCUUGCCGUCAAGGGCCUUAACAACUCGAUUGUGAAGGGCCUCAACUUCAAGGAUCAGCCUGUGCAUGGAAUCAGUGUCAACACGGUGAACAACCUCCAGCUCAUUGACGUGACCCUCGACGCCUCGGCCGGCGACUCUAAGGGUGGCCACAACACGGACGGCUUCGAUGUCGGUAACGCCCAGAACAUUCUCAUCUCCGGCGCCAUUGUGAAGAACCAAGACGACUGCCUUGCUAUCAACUCUGGCACCAACAUCACAUUCACUGGAGGCAACUGCAGCGGCGGCCAUGGCCUCUCUAUUGGCUCUGUUGGAAACCGCUCUAACAAUGUCGUCAAGACGAUCCGCAUCAACAACAGCAAGAUUUCCAACUCUGACAACGGUGUCCGUAUCAAGACCAUCUCCGGUGCCACCGGUUCCGUCUCGGACGUCAUCUACGACACCAUCACCCUGUCCAACAUUGCCAAGAACGGCAUCGUCAUCGAGCAGGACUACGAGAAUGGCUCCCCUACCGGUACCCCUACGGCUGGUGUCCCCAUCACCGACCUCACCAUCAACAAGGUCGUUGGCACCGUUGCCUCCAAGGGCACUAACGUCUACAUUCUCUGCGCCAAGGGUGCUUGCUCCAACUGGAAGUGGAGUGGCGUCAACGUUACUGGCGGUGGCAAGCCCAAGAGCUGCCAGAACGUCCCCAGCCCUGCCAAGUGCUCUUAA